AUGACUAAUUUAAUAUUCGGAGUUGGUAUAGGAUUGUUUCUUAUUUUGAUUCUUUGGGGUUUGGCCUUAUUGGUAUUUAUUAUUUCUUUAAGAAUUGAAAAUAAAAUUGGUACUAUUGUUAUAUUUAUUGUUAGCAUAUGCACAAUCAUUUUAAUUACAUUACCAAGGGCAUCAGAAAAACCUAAUACAAUUGACAAAAAGAUAUAUGAUCAUUUAUUUAUUUGGCGUAUUUUACUACUUAUAUUAUUAAUAAUAUCAUCUCUAAUUGGUUUAAUGGGAUACAUUAAAUUUGCAGUAAUAGAAUCUAUUAGACCAAUCAGAAUAACUAACUGGAUUUUUUAA